GCUAGGAGCUGUCCGCGGUGCUGAAAGCCUCGGCUGCUUUCUCUCUCCAUGUGCCGACAGCUCAACACCGCCAGGAAUCUGCUUACUGAGAGCGUCCAAAUUAAAAAGGGACCUCCGCGUUUCACUUGAUUAUUCUCGACUGUCUUCACUCCGCGAAUUAAACAGGAAGUGCGACGGCGACCCGCACGGUUCCCUUUGUAUUUCGCGGACGCUGAAAAUCUCGCUCUGCUUUUGUGUGUAUGUGUGUGUAUGUUUUUUUUUUUUUUUCUUUUCCUGUUUUAAGCCACUGGGAAGUAUUCUUUAUCAACACAAGGACGUGUUCUGUAGCUAUACGCGAAGAAGAAGAGCGACCUCGACUUUAGCAGACAUGUGCAUAAGACAAGACUGUCAAUUAAAGACCCUCCUCGCGGUUUUGGUGCUCGCUGCCGCCGUGGCUGAAAUACAUGGGCAAGGUCCAAAGGAAAGUGGCAGCAUCAGGAAGAGAACACUGGAUCCAGACAGGGACCUCUUCACACACCCACCAACACAGGACACAGAGAGUGAAGUUCACUUGGUUACCACUGUCUCUCCAAUAAACAUCCCCAACCAUUGGCCUGUCCUCAAGGGCCUACUGCUUCACGAGCACCUGCUUACGAGAGACUUCCAGGGGGACCAGCACUUUUUUAGGAGGGAUGGCUCAGUAGCUGCGUAUCCCACCAUGCCGGGCUCCGUGCCUGCCUCAGAUGUAAGAGACCCAGCCACUCAACUGGUGCCCCAUGAGGAUGCCCCUGCCUUCUCAGACAUUGCCACUACCGCCACUCCGGCUGCCACCUCUCCACUGACCACAUUUUAUCCAACAACACCGAGGCCACCCAUGUCUCUCCCUCAAAAGAAGUCCUCCUCUAAGGAGAAGAUCAUGGGGGCAGACAAGGUUGAACCAACAACAGACUGCCUCACCACUCAAGUGACACCAAAUAAGAGAGGUUCAGGCGGUGAAAACAACCCGCUGGGUUCCUUAUCCUCGCAGAGAGGUCGGCCUCAAAGUCAGAGUUCUUUUCCCGAAGAGGCCACUGUUGCGCCCUUCUCACUGAGGAUGGAGAAAGGGGAAGCUAGGGAAACGCUACUGAAAUACAAACCCAGCCCUGAUCAUCCAACUGAAGUGUCCCGAGUAGAAGCUACCACCCCAACGUCCACAACUGUUAUCACAACUACCACCAUCACCGUAACACAAACAUCAGAGCCAUGCGGUCUGAAUUUCACUGACCCUGAGGGUAACAUCGAAAUCCUGCAGCAACCUGACUCUGGAGUGGAGUGCAACUACUUGGUUACUGUCUACCUGGGAUAUGGCAUCGAGGUUCAGGUGCUAAAUGUGAGCGUGUUGGAGGGUGAGCAGGUGAUGGUGGAGGACACGGGCGGCCGAGAGCCCUCCAUCCUUGCCAAUGAGUCGGUGCUGAUGAGGGGCCUUGUGCUGCGCAGCUGGAGCAACCAGAUCUCCAUCCGUUUUCGGAGCGACCAGCAGCACAACUCUGGAUUCCUCCUGCUGCAUUACCAAGCCUUUGUGCUGAGCUGCACAUUCCCCAAAGAGCCUGCCGGUGGAGACGUCACGGUGACCCACCUCCACCCCGGAGGAGAGGCCUACUUCCGUUGUUUCACCGGCUACAAGUUGCAAGGCCCCAAAAUGCUCACCUGUCGCAAUGCAACCACACCUUACUGGAGUGGAAAGGAGCCCCAGUGUGUGGCAUCCUGUGGGGGAAUGAUAAAGAAUGCUACCUAUGGACGCAUCGUCUCUCCGGGUUUCCCUGGCAACUACAGCAACAAUCUUACAUGCCACUGGGUCCUAGAGGUCCCUGAAGGCCACCGGCUUCACAUUCACUUUGAAAAAGUGGCUCUGGCAGAGGAUGAUGACAGGCUCCUGAUUAAGAAUGGCAACAACAUAGACUCUCCCCCUGUGUACGACUCCUAUGAGGUCGAGUAUUUGCCAAACGAAGGUGUGCUCAGUACUGGACGUUACCUGUUCAUAGAGUUCACCACAGAUGGGACGGUAACAUCCACCGGUGCAGCCAUCAGAUAUGAAGCCUUUGCGAAAGGUAUGUGCUACGAGCCCUUUGUGAAAUACGGCAACUUCAGCAGCAGCGACUCCACUUACGGUGUGGGUGCAGUGGUUGAAUUCUCAUGUGACCCCGGCUACACGCUGGAGCAAGGCUCCGUGGUGAUUGAGUGUGUGGACGCACAAAACCCACAGUGGAAUGAGACCGAGCCGGCCUGUAGGGCUGUGUGCAGCGGGGAGAUCACAGACUCUGCCGGUGUGGUGUUGUCUCCUAAUUGGCCCGAGGCCUACGACAAGGGGCAAGACUGCAUCUGGGGUAUCCAUGUGGAAGAGGACAAGAGGAUCAUGCUUGACAUCCAAGUACUACAUGUGGGUAAGAACGAUCUGCUGACCUUCUAUGAUGGUGAUGACCUCACGGCCAACAUCCUGGGUCAAUACAGCGGCACGCGGCCACACUUCAAGCUCUAUACAUCCAUGGCUGAUGUCACUAUUCAGUUUCAGUCCGAUCCAGCCACCAACAUCUAUGGCUACAAUAAUGGCUUCGUGGUCCACUUCUUUGAGGUACCGAGGAAUGACACCUGCUCUGAGCUGCCGGAGAUCACCAAUGGCUGGAAGAGCACAUCCCACCCUGAUCUAAUCCACGGUACUGUCGUCACCUACCAGUGCUACCCUGGGUAUGAGCUGAUAGGCUCUGAGAUCCUCAUGUGCCAGUGGGAUCUCACUUGGAGUGGCGAUGUGCCGAAAUGUGAGGAAGUUAUGACAUGUCAGGACCCUGGAAAUGUGGAACACAGUCGUAAGGUGAUCACAGGCAACCGAUUCACUGUCGGAUCGACAGUGCAGUUCAUCUGUAAUAAAGGCUACGUCCUGUCUGGUAACAGCCUCCUCACCUGCUACAACCGAGAUUCAGCCACACCCAAGUGGAGCGAGAGGCUGCCUAAGUGUGUCCCUGAAAAGUACGAGCCAUGCAGGAACCCUGGUGCCCCAUCUACCAGUGUGCAGAGCUCUGAAAAGGCCUUUUAUCAAGCUGGAGAGACCCUGACCUUUUCCUGCCACUCAGGCUACGAGCUCCACGGUCAUGCCACCAUCUACUGCAUCCCCGGACACCCUUCACAGUGGAAUAGCACUCCCCCUGCCUGCAGAGCACCCUCAACCCAGUAUGUGAAUGAGCGCAGGCUAGAUGUUGUCAAUAGGGAUUAUGGCAUGGAGGGAACCAAUAUUGCUCUUGCAGUUUUUAUUCCAACCGCAAUCAUCUUGGUGGUUGUCCUCGGGGUUUAUGUCUACUUUGCAAAACUGCAAGGGAAGUCUAUCAGAAUGCCGACAUCCUCGCCACCGUAUGACAACAUGACAGAAGAGUCAGCUUUUGACAACCCCAUUUAUGAGAGUGGACACUGGCAAACUCAAUGUAGAUACUAAACCCUAUCAGUCUGUCUACUUUGGCUGCACUGCAGAACAACUAUGAGGACAAAUGAAAAAGAUUUAAGAGGUGUCCACUUAGAGACCUUAAAGCAAGAACUGCUCAAGCUUUGCCUUUUGGGACCCUCUCUGCACUGCUCAUCUUUUCCUCCAACCCUUUUUUUUUUCUUCUUUUUGUUCCCAGGUGGUUUUCUUUCCAUUUUCCCCUUUAUGUGGAUUAUUGUAAAUAUGUCCCUCUUUCCACGGUCAAAUCUGUGAAUCUGUGGGUCACCAUGGUGAUAUUUUUAUAAAGUAAAUUGCUGAUGACCGUUGGUGAUUGUAAGUUUUUGAGUACUUUUUGAAGCCCUGAGCCAGUAGCAAAUAGAGAUCAAGGAAAAUUCUGCUUUGAUUGUUGAGAUCUGUUGGAUACGAAUUUCCCAUUACCCAACAUUCUUUGGAAAAUUUGCCAGUAUUACUUUAUUUUUUGUGUGUGUAUGAGUCUGCUAUUUGUAAAUAAACUGCCUGUCCAAUAUGAGUGCCUCACGACUGACUAUAAUCUGAGAAAUCACAUGUGAAAAUGUUUGUAAAUCUUUCAUUAAGCUAUUAUUUUGUAUUUGUAGGCCUGACAUUAUUUUCCAUCAUACAAUAACAAGUGAUGCCGGAUAUUUUCCUACUAGCUGAUGAAUGAUUCCAACUGCAUAUAGCCUCAGAGGAUUCAUGUUCACAUAUGGGACCCAUAGGCUAUACAUAACUUUGUUCUUAUGUCACACUGUCAAGUCUGCCUCAAAGAAUAAGUAGCAACUAGUUUGUUUGUGUAUGUUCUGAAAUGCGGUUGCACCUCAACAUGAGCAGACCCUGAGAUAAAACCCAGUGAAAUCCAGUGUGAGAACAAAUGAAUAAAAAAUUAUGUGAUUUAGCUAACUUGCUGGUGCAGACUGUUGAGUCAAACACCAGACUGAUUCCUGUGUUGCAAAUUAAUGAAUAAAAUCCUGCGGUGUGCAGAAUAAA